GUAUAAUAAAACAGUUACAGAGAGAGGGGAGAGGUGUGAAAAUGGCGGCUUUGAGCAUCUUAUCCCAAUUUCCACCCCAAAACCUUAACAUUUCUUCUAAUUUUAAUAAUAUUAAUAUUAACACUUGUUUUUAUUUUAAUAAUAGUCAUGAUUUUGGUUAUAAUCAUAAAAAAAUACAGUCUUUGCCUUCUUCUUAUCAUCAAUGUUCCUCUUCAUCAAAUAUUAUGCCACCCCAUUUCUCCAAAUCAGGCUGUGUUAAUUCAUGGAUGCAAGAUAACUCCGAGCCCCAAAACUCGAUUUCUGUCAAUAAGUCAUUGAAGGGUCGAGUGCAUUCAUCUUUUCCCACAACACCAGCACAAGUUUCGUCGGUAGAAGAUCUUUACGAGUUUAUAUGUUCCGGACCCCUUCUAAGCAAGUUCGGCUUGACCUCAGAAAAAAUCGGUGAUUCCAUUGAUAAGUGGAUAUCAUAUGGUUUGCAAUUAUCCCGAUUGUUUCAGCUCAAUGAAUUGUACCUUAAUGAUGCUCAAAAAGCAAGGUUUUAUCACUAUUACAUACCGGUUUUUAUAUGGUGCGAAGAGAAGAUAUCCAAGCAUACGUCCCAGUUUAAGGAGGGAGAAGAUAUACCUCCAUUAGUGAUUGGUUUUAGUGCGCCUCAAGGUUGUGGGAAGACCACACUUGUCUUUGCUCUUAAUUACCUCUUCAAAGUCACCGGAAGGAAUUCUGCAACAUUAUCAAUAGAUGAUUUUUAUUUGACAGCAGAGGAUCAGGCUAAAUUGAGAGAAGCAAAUGCAGGAAAUGCACUUUUAGAGUUCCGCGGAAAUGCUGGAAGUCAUGAUCUUCCAUUCUCUGUUGAAACUCUGACAGCUCUAAGCAAAUUGACAAAAGAAGGUAUGAAGAUGAAGCUACCUCGAUAUGAUAAAUCGGCCUACAGUGGGAGAGGUGACAGAGCUGAUCCUUCGAAAUGGCCAGAGGUUGAAGGACCAGUAACCGUGAUUCUGUUUGAAGGCUGGAUGCUUGGCUUUAAACCUGUUCCAGUGGACGUUGUCAAAGCCGUUGAUCCACAGCUAGAGACAGUUAAUAAGAACCUUGAAGUUUAUUAUGAUGCUUGGGACAAGUUUAUAAAGGCAUGGGUUGUCAUCAAGAUUCAGGAUCCCAGCUAUGUCUACCAGUGGCGUUUGCAGGCAGAGAUUGCCAUGAGGGAGGCAGGACUACCCGGAAUGACGGAUGAGGAGGUUAUGGAUUUUGUUUCUCGUUACUUGCCGGCGUACAAGGCUUACCUUCCUACGCUCUAUGCUGAAGGACCUAGUGGAUCAAAUCCAGACGAUGUCCUCCUCAUCGAUAUUGACGAAGGGAGAAAUCCCAUCCUAGGUAAUUAGAUAACUGCAUGUUCAGAUUGAAUAUCACUCUUGAAGCCCAAUUUUGGUUUCUUUGAAUGUAUGAAAUUUGCAGUUUGUGUUGGGGUUUGGGGAUAAAUAGGGACAUGGAAACAGUCGGAUGUAAAUUUACAAUGUAACAUAUUCCAAAUAAGUAUUAAAAGUUUCAUUUGGCA